GUGUAAGGCUCCCUCAGUGGGAAGCGGGACUUCUCGUGGCAGCGGUGACGAAUACAAAGAAAUUUCAGUACCCACCAGCUGUACUUGAGUUCCUCUUCGUAGUCGCUCCGCACGCACCUCCAGCAUGCCCGGCCACGUUGUGAAGAGCACGGGUCCCGACCCCGACCCCACUGAAUAUCUCUUCAUUUCCCCUGAACAAAAGCGCAUCGAUCAAACGAAGCCUUACGACCCCAAGAAGUCCGUCUGGGCUCCUGAUCCCGAAGAGGGUUUCGUUGAAGCUAUUCUUCAGGGAGCCAAAGGCGACAAGCUGGUAUCGGUUAAGCUUCCCAACGGUGAGACGAAGGACUUCAAGAAGGAAAUCAUCGGUCAGGUUAACCCUCCCAAGUACGAGAAAUGUGAGGAUGUGUCUAACUUGACCUUCCUUAAUGAUGCUUCUGUCUUGUACAACCUAAAGACCCGUUAUCAGGCUAGGCUUAUCUACACUUACUCCGGUCUUUUCUGCAUUGUCGUCAAUCCCUACAAGCGCUACCCCAUCUACACCAACCGCGUCGUCAAAAUCUACCAGGGCAAGAGGCGUAAUGAGGUUCCCCCUCAUCUCUUCGCCAUUUGCGACGGUGCCUACGCGAACAUGAUGCAAGAGCGUCAGAACCAGUCUAUGCUUAUCACUGGUGAGUCUGGAGCCGGCAAGACUGAGAACACAAAGAAAGUGUUGUCUUAUUUUGCCCAAGUCGGCGCCUCUGGAAAGAAAGAAGACGACAAAAAGAACUUAGAGGACCAGAUCAUCCAGACCAACCCCAUCCUCGAGGCUUAUGGUAACGCCAAGACCACCCGUAAUGACAACUCAUCUCGUUUCGGUAAAUUCAUCCGUGUGCACUUCAUGCCCACUGGCAAACUGUCUGGCGCUGAUAUCGAGGUCUACCUUCUGGAGAAGGCGCGUGUUAUCUCCCAGUCCCCCGCCGAGCGAGGAUACCAUAUCUUCUACCAGUUGAUGUGCGACCAGAUCGAAAACAUCAAGCCACUCUGUCUACUGUCGAAUGACAUCUACGACUAUCACUUCGUGUCCCAGGGAAAAGUCACUGUCCCAUCCAUUGAUGACAAGGAAGACAUGCAGUUCACCCAUGAUGCAUUUGACAUCCUGAACUUUACCAAUGAAGAGAGAAUGAACUGCUACAAGGUCACGGCGUCUAUCAUGCACUUUGGCAACUGCAAGUUCAAGCAGAGGGGACGCGAGGAACAGGCCGAACCCGAUGGAACUGAGCCCGGUGAAGUUGUUGGGAAGCUUCUUGGUGUUGACGGCGAGGAGCUCUAUAGGAACCUGUGCAAACCCAAGAUCAAGGUCGGCACUGAGUUCGUCACUCAAGGAAGGAAUGUCGAUCAGGUCAACUACAGCGUCGGUGCUAUGUCAAAGGCUCUGUUCGACCGUACUUUCAAGUGGAUUGUCAAGAAGUGUAACCUGACACUUGAGACUGGUCUGAAUCGUUCUAUGUUCAUCGGCGUGCUCGACAUUGCUGGCUUCGAAAUCUUCGACUUCAACGGUUUCGAGCAAAUCUGCAUCAACUUCUGUAACGAGAAGCUGCAGCAGUUCUUCAACCACCACAUGUUCGUGCUGGAACAGGAGGAAUAUGCAAGAGAAGGCAUUGUCUGGCAGUUCGUCGACUUCGGCAUGGAUCUACAAGCUUGUAUUGAACUCUUCGAAAAGAAAAUGGGGAUCCUCUCCAUCCUUGAGGAAGAGUCCAUGUUCCCCAAGGCUACUGACAAGACCUUCGAGGAGAAACUGAAUAUCAACCAUCUCGGAAAGUCUCCUUGCUUCAUCAAGCCCAAGCCUCCAAAGGCCGGCCAGCCUGAGAACCACUUUGCCAUCGUUCACUACGCUGGUACUGUGUCCUACAACCUGACUGGCUGGCUUGAGAAGAACAAGGAUCCUCUCAACGACACCGUCGUCGACCAGCUCAAGAAGUCUUCUAAUGCCUUGACGGUUGAGCUCUUCGCAGAACAUCCCGGUCAAUCUGGUGACGGAGGCAAAGGAGGGAAAGGAGGAAAACAGCAAACUGGAUUCAAAACUGUAUCUUCGGGUUACAAGGAUCAGCUGGGCAACUUGAUGAGGACACUGAACGCCACUCACCCUCACUUCAUCCGCUGCAUUGUGCCUAACGAGUUCAAGAAACCGGGUGUUGUUGAUGCCGGCCUCAUCAUGCACCAAUUGACUUGCAACGGUGUACUUGAGGGCAUCCGUAUCUGCCGGAAGGGCUUCCCCAACAGGAUGCCGUACCCUGACUUCAAGUCGCGUUACAAUAUCCUGGCCGCCAAGGAGAUGAUCGAAGCGAAGGACGAUAAGAAAGCGGCCAAGGCAUGCUUCGACAAGGUCGCCCUCGACGCCGAGUUAUACCGCACAGGGAAUACCAAGGUGUUCUUCCGCGCUGGUGUCCUGGGUACUCUCGAGGAGAUUCGCGACGACCGGAUCUGCCUGCUCAUGUCUCAUCUCCAGGCGUGGAUCCGCGGCUACGCCAGUCGAAAGCAAUAUGCCAAAAUGCAGAAGCAGAGAAAUGCUCUUAUUAUCAUCCAGCGCAACAUCAGGAAGUACCAGAAGAUGCGCUCUUGGCUCUGGUACGAGAUGUGGACUAAGCUGAAGCCCAGGCUCAACGUUACCCGCAUUGAGGAUGAGCUCGCUAGACUGGAGGAGACCGCUGAGAAGGCCGAGGCAGAGUUUGCUAAGGAAACGAAACUCCGCGAAGAACUUGAAAUAAAAAAUGCUGCUCUUACUCAAGAGAGGAAUGAUCUUUUGUCAGCCGUAGAGUCUAGCAAGGGUGGUAUGACUGACUAUCUUGAUAAGCAGGCCAAGUUGCAAGCUCAGAAGGCCGAGUUAGAGGCCCAGCUUAACGAAACCCUAGAACGCCUCCACGGUGAAGAGGAAGCACGCAACCAGCUGGAUAAUGGCAGGAAAAAAUGUGAACAGGAGGUUGGGAACCUGAAGAAGGACCUGGAAGAUCUCGAGCUCAGUAUCCAGAAGGGUGAGCAGGACAAGCUCACAAAGGAUCAGCAGAUCCAUAAUCUUAAAGAUGAAGUCGCUCACCAAGAGGAAUUAAUCACUAAGGUAAAUAAAGAAAAGAAGCACCUUCAGGAAUGCAACCAAAAGACUGCCGAAGAUCUCCAGGCCAUUGAGGACAAGUGCAAUCACCUCAACAAAGUCAAAGGCAAACUGGAAUCAACGCUUGAUGAGCUCGAAGAUUCUCUCGAACGCGAGAAGAAGCUUCGCAGUGAGGUAGAGAAGGCCAAGAGGAAAGUCGAAGGUGACCUCCGGCUGACCCAAGAAGCUGUUUCUGAUCUUGAAAGGAACCACAAGGAACUCGAAAUGGCCGUCGAACGCAAGGAUAAGGAGAUUUCUGCCAUCACUGCCAAAAUCGAGGACGAACAGCUUCUUGUGAACAGGGACCAGAGACAGGUCAAGGAACUGCAAGCUCGCCUAGAGGAACUCGAGGAGGAAGUCGAGCACGAACGUCAAGCCCGUGCGAAGGCCGAGAAAGCCAAGAAUCAUCUCUCUCGCGAAUUGGGAGAACUUGGCGAGCGGUUGGAUGAGGCCGGCGGUGCCACGGCGACUCAGAUCGAGAUCAACAAGAAACGCGAGAGCGAACUGGCCAAGGUCCGGCGCGAGAUCGAGGAAGCCAACCUCCAGCAUGAGGCCGCCCUAGCUUCCUUGCGCAAGAAGCACAACGAUGCUAUUUCUGAGAUGUCUGAGCAAAUCGACUAUCUCAACAAGAUGAAGGCCAGGGUUGAGAAGGAUAAGGAGACAAUGAAGCGUGAUGCAGAUGAUGCAAGAGCUUCCAUGGAUUCCCUUAGUCGUGAAAAGACUGCUUCCGAGAAGACCACCAAGCAACUUCAACAUCAGCUAAGUGAACUCCACGCUAAACUCGAUGAGGCCAACCGCACCCUGAGUGACUUUGACGCCACCAAAAAGAAGCUUGCCUGCGAGAAUUCUGAUCUUAUCCGCCAGCUAGAAGAGGCCGAGAACCAAGUCGGCCAGCUGUCUAGGCUGAAACUGUCUCUCACCAACCAGCUGGAUGAUACUAGGAAGCUCGCUGAUGAGGAGAGCAGGGGACGUGCUACUCUCUUGGGAAAGCUGCGUAACUUGGAGCACGAUAUUGACGUCCUUCGCGAGCAACUGGAAGAGGAGAGCGAAGCGAAGGGGGAUGUUCAGCGAAUGCUCUCCAAGGCUAACGCUGAGGCUCUCAUGUGGCGCUCCAAGUACGAGUCUGAGGGUGUUGCCCGUGCAGAGGAACUUGAAGCUUCUCGCAUGAAGCUUGCCGCUCGCCUCGAGGAAGCUGAAAUGCAAAUCGAGUCCCUCAAUGUUAGGAACCUGCAUCUUGAGAAGACCAAGGUGCGUGCUUCCGCCGAAUUAGAGGAUCUCCAGGCUGCUGCUGAGCGUGCUCAAACCCUUGCUCUUGCUGCUGAGAAGAAACAGAAGAACUUUGAUAAGAUCCUCUCUGAAUGGAAGAUGAAGGUCGAUGACCUUGCUGCUGAACUCGAUGCCUCCCAGAAGGAAUGUCGCAACUACUCCACUGAACACUUCCGCCUGAAGGCUGCUUACGAAGAGAACAUUGAACAACUCGACAGCAUCCGCCGUGAGAAUAAGAACCUCAGUGAUGAGAUUAAAGAUCUGAUGGACCAGAUUGGCGAAGGUGGACGAGCUUAUCAUGAAGCUCAGAAGAAUUCUAAACGACUGGAAAUCGAGAAGGAAGAGCUCCAAGCAGCUCUCGAGGAGGCUGAGGCAGCUCUGGAACAGGAGGAGAACAAGGUCCUCCGAACACAGCUCGAGCUCAGCCAAGUCAGGCAAGAGAUUGACAGACGUAUUCAAGAGAAAGAAGAAGAAUUUGAAAAUACUCGUAAGUGUCAUCAGCGUGCAAUUGAUUCCAUGCAAGCUUCUCUUGAGGUUGAAGCCAAGGGGAAGGCUGAGGCUCUUCGUAUAAAGAAGAAGCUCGAGUCUGAUAUCAACGAGCUCGAAAUUGCCCUUGACCACGCCAAUAAGGCUAAUUCAGACCUCCAUAAACAUUACAAGAAGAUUCAGGACGAGACCAAGGACAUGGAAGCCCGCGUUAAGGAGGAACAGCGUCUCGCCGCUGAGUUCCUUGAACAGUAUGGCAUUGCUGAACGCCGUGCUAAUGCUCUUCAUGGAGAGUUGGAGGAAUCCCGUGCUCUCCUGGAACAGUCCGACCGUGGGCGCCGCCAGGCUGAGUCUGAGCUCAACGAUGCACGCGAUCAAGUCAACAACCUUACCGAACUGAAUUCUGCUCUUAACGCCUCCAAGAGAAAGCUUGAGGGUGAAAUGCAGACACUGCAUGCUGACCUUGAAGAGAUGCUUAGCGAAGCAAAGAACUCUGAGGAGAAAGCAAAGAAGGCCAUGAUUGAUGCUGCCCGUCUAGCUGAUGAACUCCGCUCUGAGCAGGAACAUGCAAUGACGCAAGAAAAGAUGCGCAAGGGUCUCGAGGUUACCGUUAAAGAGCUGCAGACUCGUCUUGAGGAGACUGAAAGCACUAUCAUGAAGACCGGGAAGAAGGCGAUCAGCAAUCUCGAAUCUCGUAUCCGUGAGCUCGAGUCUUCUCUGGAUGAUGAGUCUCGCCGCCACGCGGACUCUCAGAAGAACCUGAGGAAGUGCGAGAGGCGCAUCAAGGAGCUCGCCUUCCAGGCUGACGAGGAUAAGAAGAAUCAUGAGAGGAUGCAGGACCUCGUCGAUAAGCUCCAGCAGAAGAUCAAGACCUACAAGCGCCAGAUCGAGGAGGCUGAGGAGAUCGCCGCCCUCAACCUGGCCAAGUUCCGCAAGGCUCAGCAGGAGCUUGAGGAAGCUGAGGCCUCCAGAUAUGUAACUAAUCUUACCCUAGCAACAGCUUUAUCAGCAGUCUUAGGAAAAUAUAAGUCCUCAGGUGAGCUAAACGCCCAAGCAAUGCCUAGAGCAAAAAGGUAUGAGAGCAUGCCCGGCCACGUUGUGAAGAGCACGGGUCCCGACCCCGAUCCCACUGAAUACCUCUUCAUUUCCGCCGAGCAAAAACGCAUCGACCAGACGAAGCCUUACGACCCCAAGAAGUCCGUAUGGGCUCCUGACCAGGCGGAGGGUUUCGUCGAAGCCCAACUCCAGGGCGCCAAGGGAGAUAAGCUGCUGACCGUAAAGCUUCCAAAUGGUGAGACAAAGGAUUUUAAGAAGGAGCUCAUCGGUCAGGUCAACCCUCCCAAGUACGAGAAGUGUGAGGAUGUGUCCAACUUGACCUUCCUUAACGAUGCCUCCGUCUUCUACGUCCUCAAAUCUCGUUACCAGGCCAAGCUUAUUUACACCUACUCCGGUCUUUUCUGUAUCGUCGUUAACCCCUACAAGCGUUACCCCAUCUACACCAGCCGUGCCGUCAAGAUCUACAUGGGCAAGAGGCGUAAUGAGGUUCCUCCUCAUCUCUUCGCCAUCUGCGACGGUGCCUACGCGAACAUGAUGCAAGACCGUAAGAAUCAGUCUAUGCUCAUCACUGGUGAGUCUGGAGCUGGAAAGACGGAGAACACAAAGAAAGUGUUGUCCUACUUCGCUAACGUUGGUGCCUCCGACAAGAAAGAAACUAAGCAGAACCUGGAGGACCAGAUCAUCCAGACCAACCCCAUCCUUGAGGCUUAUGGUAACGCCAAGACUACACGUAAUGACAACUCAUCUCGUUUCGGUAAGUUCAUCCGCGUGCACUUCGGCCCCAACGGAAAGCUUUCCGGCGCUGACAUCGAGGUCUACCUGCUGGAGAAGGCUCGUGUCAUCUCCCAGUCCCCCGCCGAGCGAGGCUACCACAUCUUCUAUCAGCUCAUGUGCGACCAGAUCGACUACAUGAAGAAGAUAUGUCUUUUGUCCGAAGACAUUUAUGACUACAGCUUCGUGUCUCAGGGAAAAGUGACAGUCCCUUCAAUCGACGACAAGGAAGACAUGCAAUUUACUCACGAUGCCUUUGACAUUCUAAACUUUGGCAAUGAGGAGAGGGAUAACUGCUACAGGGUCACCGCAUCUGUUAUGCACUUCGGUAACUGCAAGUUCAAGCAGAGGGGACGUGAGGAGCAGGCCGAACCUGAAGGCACUGAGCACGGUGAGCUUGUGGCCAAACUGCUUGGAGUGGACGCCGAAGAACUCUACAGGAACCUGUGCAAACCCAAGAUCAAGGUCGGCGCUGAAUUCGUCACUCAAGGAAGGAAUGUCAAUCAGGUCAACUACAGCGUUGGUGCCAUGUCGAAGGCUCUGUACGAUCGUACUUUCAAGUGGCUUGUGAAAAAGUGCAACAUGACGCUUGAGACUGGCCAGACUCGUUCCAUGUUCAUCGGUGUCCUCGAUAUUGCCGGCUUCGAAAUCUUCGACUUCAACGGCUUCGAGCAGAUCUGUAUCAACUUUUGUAAUGAGAAGUUGCAACAGUUCUUCAACCACCACAUGUUCGUGCUGGAACAAGAAGAAUACUCAAGGGAAGGUAUUGUAUGGCAGUUCGUCGACUUCGGCAUGGAUCUACAAGCUUGCAUCGAGCUUUUCGAGAAGAAAAUGGGUCUCCUCUCCAUUCUUGAGGAAGAGUCAAUGUUCCCCAAGGCCACUGACAAGACUUUCGAGGAGAAGCUCAAUAUUAAUCAUCUUGGAAAGUCUCCUUGCUUCAUCAAGCCCAAGCCUCCAAAGGCCGGCCAGCCUGAGAACCACUUUGCCAUUGUCCACUAUGCUGGUACUGUGUCCUACAACCUAAGUGGCUGGCUUGAGAAGAACAAGGAUCCUCUCAACGACACCGUCGUCGACCAGCUCAAGAAGUCUUCUAAUGCCUUGACGGUUGAGCUCUUCGCAGAACAUCCCGGUCAAUCUGGAGAUGCAGGCGGCAAAGGAGGAAAGGGUGGUAAGCAGCAGACCGGCUUCAAGACUGUAUCUUCUGGGUACAGGGACCAGUUGAACAACCUAAUGAAAACUUUAAACGCCACACAUCCUCACUUCAUCCGCUGUAUUGUACCCAAUGAGUUCAAGAAACCUGGAGUCGUCGAGGCUGGUCUCAUCAUGCACCAGCUGACUUGCAACGGUGUACUUGAGGGCAUCCGUAUCUGCCGAAAGGGCUUCCCCAACAGGAUGCCUUAUCCGGACUUCAAGCUUCGCUACAACAUCUUGGCCGCCAAGGAGAUGCUAGAGGCAAAGGACGACAAGAAAGCGGCCAAGGCAUGUUUCGAGAAGGUCGCCCUCGACGCCGAGUUGUACCGCACAGGGAACACCAAGGUGUUCUUCCGCGCCGGUGUCCUGGGGACGCUCGAGGAAAUUCGUGACGACCGUGUAAUGAAGCUUCUGAGCUGGUUCCAAGCAUGGAUCCGCGGCUACGCCAGCCGCAAACAGUAUGCCAAGAUGCAGAAGCAAAGAACCGCUCUUCUUAUCGUCCAGCGCAACAUCAGGAAGUACCAGAAGAUGCGUUCUUGGCUCUGGUACGAGAUGUGGAUGAAGAUGAAACCCAAGCUCAAUGUCACACGUGCCGAAGAUGAACUUAUCAGGCUGGAAGAGCUCGCCGAGAAAGCUGAGGCUGAAUUUGAGAAGGAGAUUAAGCUUCGCGAGCAGCAUGAGAUCAAGAAUGCUGCUCUUCUCGAGGAAAGAGCUGAGCUUAUGCUGGCUCUCGAUUCAUCCAAGGGCGGCAUGUCUGAGUUCAUCGAGAAACAGGCAAAGCUGCAGGCACAGAAGGCCGAACUUGAGGCACAGCUUAACGAAACCGUGGAACGCCUCGAAAAGGAAGAGGAAGCGUCCGGUCAGCUCGCAAAUGGCAGGAAGAAGUGCCAACAGGAGGUAGAAAAUCUGAAGAAGGAUCUUGAGGACCUCGAGCUUGCCAUUCAGAAGGGAGAACAGGACAAAGCCACCAAGGACCAGCAGAUUCAAAAUCUCAAGGACGAGAUUGCCCACCAGGAAGAGCUUAUCACCAAGGUUAAUAAAGAGAAGAAACACCUUCAGGCAUGUAAUCAGAAAACUGCCGAAGAUCUGCAAGGUAUUGAAGACAAAUGUAAUCAUCUCGGCAAGGUAAAGUCCAAAUUGGAAUCUAAUCUUGAUGAGCUCGAAGAUUCUCUCGAACGUGAGAAGAAGCUUCGCAAUGAGGUUGAGAAAGCAAAGAGGAAGGUUGAGGGUGACCUCAAGUUGACCCAAGAGGCUGUUGCUGAUCUGGAACGGAACUUUAAGGAAAUUGAAGCAACUGUUGACCGCAAGCAUAAGGAGAUAUCUGCCAUUUCUUGCAAAAUUGAGGACGAACAGGCUCUUGUGUACAGAGAUCAAAGGCAAGUGAAGGAACUUCAAGCUCGUCUUGAGGAACUUGAGGAGGAAGUUGACCAUGAGCGCCAGGUCCGUAGCAAGGCUGAAAAGGCUAAGAAUCUCCUUUCACGUGAACUUGAAGAACUUACUGAACGAUUGGACGAAGCUGGCGGCGCCACUGCUGCUCAGAUUGAGAUGAACAAGAAGCGCGAGAGCGAACUGGUUAAAGUCCGCCGAGAUCUCGAGGAAUCCAGCCUUCAGCAUGAAGCUUCCCUUGCUUCCCUUCGCAAGAAGCACAACGAUGCUGUGACAGAAAUGUCGGAGCAAAUUGAUUAUCUUAAUAAGAUGAAGGCCAGGACUGAAAAAGACAAAGAGGCUAUCAAGCGAGAUGCUGAUGAUGCAAGGGCUUCUUUGGAUGCGCUUACUCGCGAUAAGACUGCUGCCGAGAAGACCACUAAGCAGCUUCAGCACCAGCUUAGUGAUCAUAAUGCUAAACUGGAUGAAGUCAAUCGUACUCUGAAUGAUUUUGAUGCCGCCAAGAAAAAGCUUUCCUGCGAAAAUGCCGACCUUGUUCGUCAGAUGGAAGAUGCUGAGAAUCAAGUUGGCCAGCUGUCAAGGCUAAAACUAUCUCUUACUAACCAGUUGGAUGACACCAGGAAACUGGCAGAUGAGGAAAGCAGGGCUAAGGCUACUCUCCUAGGUAAGUUCCGAAACCUGGAGCACGAUAUCGACGCUCUUCGCGAUCAACUGGAAGAGGAAAGUGAAGCCAAGGGAGACGUUCUCCGCAUGCUGUCCAAGGCUAACGCUGAGGCUCUCAUGUGGCGCUCCAAGUACGAGUCUGAGGGUGUUGCCCGAGCAGAGGAACUCGAGGCUGCUCGUAUGAAGCUCGCCUCUCGCCUCGAGGAAGCCGAAAUGCAAAUCGAGUCUCUUAAUGUUAGGAACUUGCAUCUUGAGAAGAUCAAGAUGCGUGCUGCUGCUGAACUGGAAGAACUUCAAGUUGCUGCUGAACGUGCAAAUACCCUUGCUCUUGCUGCUGAAAAGAGACAGAGGAACUUCGAUAAGAUAAUUUCUGAAUGGAAGAUGAAGGUCGAUGACCUUUCUGCUGAACUCGAUGCCUCCCAGAAGGAAUGUCGCAACUACUCCACCGAACACUUCCGUCUAAAGGCUGCUUAUGAAGAGAACAUUGAACAACUCGACAGCAUCCGCCGAGAAAAUAAAAGCCUUAAUGAUGAGAGUAAAGACCUGAUGGACCAGAUUGGCGAAGGUGGUCGAGCCUACCACGAAACUCAAAAGAACUGCAGGCGAUUAGAAAUCGAAAAGGAUGAGCUACAGGCUGCUCUUGAGGAGGCUGAGGCAGCUCUUGAACAAGAAGAGAACAAGGUCCUUCGAACACAGCUCGAGCUUGGGCAGAUCAGACAAGAAAUUGACAGACGUAUUCAAGAAAAGGAAGAAGAAUUUGACAAUACUCGUAAGUGUCACCAGAGAGCCAUCGAUUCUAUGCAAGCGUCCCUUGAAGUUGAAGCCAAGGGCAAGGCUGAGGCUCUUCGCUUGAAGAAGAAGCUUGAGUCCGACAUUAAUGAGCUUGAGAUUGCCCUUGACCACGCCAAUAAGGCCAACUCUGACCUUCAUAAACACUAUAAGAAGGUUCAAGAUGAGAUCAAGGACAUGGAUGCCCGUGUCAAGGAAGAACAGCGACUCGCCUCUGAGUAUCGAGAACAGUAUGGCAUUGCUGAACGCCGUGCAAAUGCCCUUCAUGGAGAGCUGGAAGAAUCCCGGACGCUGUUGGAGCAAUCCGACCGCGGUCGGCGCCAAGCUGAGGCAGAACUCAAUGACGCACGUGAACAGAUCAACAGUAUCAGUACCGAAAAUACAGCUCUUUCUGCCUUCAAGCGGAAACUUGAAGGUGAAAUACAGACCCUACAGGCCGACCUUGAAGAAAUGCUCAGCGAGGCAAAGAAUUCCGAGGAGAAGGCGAAGAAGGCCAUGUUGGAUGCUGCUCGUCUGGCCGAUGAGCUCCGCGCUGAACAGGAACAUGCUAUGGCCCAGGACAAGAUGCGAAAGGCCUUGGAGGUCACUGUGAAGGAUCUCCAGACCCGUCUUGAGGAGACUGAAACUACAGUUAUGAGGACAGGGAAAAGGGCAGUCAGCAACAUGGAAGGUCGCAUUCGCGAACUCGAGGCUUCCCUGGACGGGGAGACUCGUCGCCACGCUGACGCCCAGAAGAACCUGAGGAAGUGCGAGAGGCGCAUCAAGGAGCUCGCCUUCCAGACCGAUGAGGACAAGAAGAACCACGACAGGAUGCAGGACCUCGUCGAUAAGCUCCAGCAGAAGAUCAAGACCUACAAGCGCCAGAUCGAGGAGGCUGAGGAGAUCGCCGCCCUCAAUCUGGCCAAAUUCCGCAAGGCUCAGCAGGAGCUCGAGGAAGCCGAAAUAUCCCAAUAUGAAUCUGGUAUGGUGUUUGUGUUGGAGUUAAAUCGCCUCGCAAACACCACCAACAUGCCCGGUCACGUUGUGAAGAGCACGGGUCCCGACCCCGAUCCCACUGAAUACCUCUUCAUUUCCGCCGAGCAAAAACGCAUCGACCAGACGAAGCCUUACGACCCCAAGAAGUCCGUCUGGGCUCCUGACCAGGCGGAGGGUUUCGUCGAAGCCCAACUCCAGGGCGCUAAAGGAGAGAAGUUUCUGACCGUAAAGCUUCCAAGUGGUGAGACAAAGGAUUUUAAGAAGGAGCUCAUCGGUCAGGUCAACCCUCCCAAGUACGAGAAGUGUGAGGAUGUGUCCAACUUGACCUUCCUUAACGAUCCUUCAGUCUACUACGUUCUUAAGUCUCGUUACCAGGCCAAGCUGAUUUACACCUACUCUGGACUUUUCUGUAUCGUCGUUAACCCCUACAAGCGUUACCCCAUCUACACCAACCGUGCCGUCAAGAUCUACAUGGGCAAGAGGCGUAAUGAGGUGCCCCCUCAUCUCUUCGCCAUCUGCGACGGUGCUUACCAGAACAUGAUGCAAGAUCGUCAGAACCAAUCAAUGCUUAUCACUGGUGAGUCUGGAGCUGGAAAAACUGAGAACACAAAGAAAGUGUUGUCGUACUUCGCCAACGUUGGUGCCUCUGACAAGAAAGAAACCAAUCAGAACUUGGAGGACCAAAUUAUUCAGACCAACCCCAUCCUUGAGGCCUAUGGUAACGCCAAAACCACCCGUAACGACAAUUCAUCUCGUUUUGGUAAGUUCAUCCGCGUGCACUUCGGCCCCAACGGAAAGCUUUCCGGCGCUGACAUCGAGGUCUACCUGCUGGAGAAGGCUCGUGUCAUCUCCCAGUCCCCCGCCGAGCGAGGCUACCACAUCUUUUAUCAGCUCAUGUGCGACCAGAUCGACUACAUGAAAAAGAUCUGUCUUUUGACCGACGAUAUUUAUGACUACAGCUUCGUGUCUCAGGGAAAAGUGACAGUCCCUUCAAUCGACGACAAGGAAGACAUGCAAUUUACUCACGAUGCCUUUGACAUUCUAAACUUUAGCAAUGAGGAGAGGGAUAACUGCUACAGGGUCACCGCAUCUGUUAUGCACUUCGGUAACUGCAAGUUCAAGCAGAGGGGACGUGAGGAGCAGGCCGAACCUGAAGGCACUGAGCACGGUGAGCUUGUGGCCAAACUGCUUGGAGUGGACGCCGAAGAACUCUACAGGAACCUGUGCAAACCCAAGAUCAAGGUCGGCGCUGAAUUCGUCACUCAAGGAAGGAAUGUCAAUCAGGUCAACUACAGCGUUGGUGCCAUGUCGAAGGCUCUGUACGAUCGUACUUUCAAGUGGCUUGUGAAAAAGUGCAACAUGACGCUUGAGACUGGCCAGACUCGUUCCAUGUUCAUCGGUGUCCUCGAUAUUGCCGGCUUCGAAAUCUUCGAGUUCAACAGUUUCGAGCAAAUCUGCAUCAACUUCUGUAACGAGAAGCUGCAGCAGUUCUUCAACCAUCACAUGUUCGUGCUGGAACAGGAGGAAUAUGCAAGAGAAGGCAUUGUCUGGCAGUUCGUCGACUUCGGCAUGGAUCUGCAAGCUUGUAUUGAGCUCUUCGAGAAGAAAAUGGGUCUCCUUUCCAUCCUCGAGGAAGAGUCUAUGUUCCCAAAGGCUACUGACAAGACUUUCGAGGAGAAGCUCAAUAUCAACCAUCUCGGAAAGUCUUCUUGCUUCGUCAAGCCCAAGCCUCCAAAGGCCGGCCAGCCUGAGAACCACUUUGCCAUUGUUCACUACGCUGGUGUUGUGUCCUACAACCUGUCUGGCUGGCUUGAGAAGAACAAGGAUCCUCUCAACGAUACUGUCGUCGACCAGCUCAAGAAGGCUUCCAACGCCCUCACAGUUGAGCUCUUCGUUGACCAUCCCGGCCAGUCUGGUGACGGAGGCGGCAAGGGAAAGGGUGGCAAACAACAGACAGGUUUCAAGACAGUAUCAUCAGGUUACAGGGACCAGCUAAACAACUUGAUGAAAACGCUUAACGCUACUCACCCUCAUUUCAUCCGUUGCAUUGUGCCCAACGAGUUCAAGAAACCAGGAGCAGUGGACGCUAGCCUCAUCAUGCAUCAGCUGACGUGCAACGGUGUGCUUGAAGGAAUCCGUAUCUGCCGAAAAGGCUUCCCCAACAGGAUGCCCUAUCAUGACUUCAAACAGAGAUACAAUAUCCUCGCUGCGCAAGAGAUGAUCGAGGCGAAGGACAACAAGAAAGCAGCUAAUGCCUGUUUAGAAAAAGCCGGUCUCGACCCAGAGACUUACCGCACCGGAAAUACAAAGGUGUUCUUCCGUGCUGGAAUCCUCGGUAGACUGGAGGAAAUUCGUGAUGAUCGCGUGGUCAAGCUUCUGACUUGGUUCCAAGCGAGGAUCCGCGGCUACGCCAGCCGCAAACAGUAUUCCAAGAUGCAGAAGCAAAGAACCGCUCUUCUUAUCGUCCAGCGCAACAUCAGGAAGUACCAGAAGAUGCGUUCUUGGCUCUGGUACGAGAUGUGGAUGAAGAUGAAACCCAAGCUCAAUGUCACACGUGCCGAAGAUGAGCUUAUCAGGCUGGAAGAGCUCGCCGAGAAAGCUGAGGCUGAAUUUAAGAAGGAGAUUAAGCUUCGCGAGCAGCUUGAGAUCAAGAAUGCUGCUUUUCUCGAGGAAAGAGCUGGGCUUAUGCUGGCUCUCGAUUCAUCCAAGGGCGGCAUGUCUGAGUUCAUCGAGAAACAGGCAAAGCUGCAGGCCCAGAAGGCCGAAAUUGAAGGACAACUGAAUGAAACCUUGGAACGUCUGGAAAAGGAAGAGGAAGCUCACCAUCAACUCUCAUACGGCAGAAAGAAGUGCGAACAGGAGGUAGCUAAUUUGAGGAAGGAACUUGAGGACCUCGAGCUUGUCUUGCAAAAGGGUGAGAAAGACAAAGCUACCAAAGAUCAGCAGAUUCACAACCUUAAGGAUGAGAUUACUCACCAGGAAGAGCUUAUCACCAAGGUUAAUAAGGAGAAGAAGCACCUUCAGGCUUGUAACCAGAAUACUGCCGAAGAUCUGCAAGGUAUUGAAGACAAAUGUAAUCAUCUCGGUAAGGUAAAGUCCAAAUUGGAAUCUAAUCUCGAUGAGAUCGAAGAUUCUCUCGAACGUGAGAAGAAGCUCCGCCAUGAGGUCGAGAAAACCAAGAGGAAAGUUGAUGGCGACCUCAAGCUGACCCAAGAGGCUGUUGCUGAUCUGGAACGCAACUUGAAAGAACUUGAAGGAACUGCUGACCGUAAGAAUAAGGAGAUAUCUGCCAUUUCUUGCAAAAUUGAGGACGAACAGGCUCUUGUGUGCAGAGAUCAAAGGCAAGUGAAGGAACUUCAAGCUCGUCUUGAGGAACUCGAGGAGGAAGUUCAGCAUGAGCGGCAGGCCCGUAGCAAGGCUGAAAAGGCUAAGAAUCUCAUUUCACGUGAACUUGAAGAACUUACUGAACGAUUGGACGAAGCUGGCGGCGCCACUGCUGCUCAGAUUGAGAUGAACAAGAAGCGCGAGAGCGAACUGGCUAGAGUGCGCCGCGAACUUGAGGAGUCCAGCCUUCAGCAUGAAGCUUCUCUUGCUUCCCUUCGCAAAAAGCACAACGAUGCUGUUUCUGAAAUGUCAGAACAAAUUGACCACCUCAAUAAAAUGAAAGCUAGAACCGAAAAGGACAAGGAUGCUAUGAAUCGUGACGCUGAAGAUGCAAAAUCUGCUAUGGAUGCUCUUACCCGUGAUAAGACCUCUUCUGAGAAGACUUCUAGGCAACUUCAGCAACAAUACAACGAAGUCUGCUCCAAGUCAGACGAGCUCAACCGCACUCUGAAUGACUUUGAUGCUUCCAAGAAGAAGCUUGCUUGUGAAAACGCUGACCUGGUCCGCCAAGUAGAUGAGGCAGAAAACAAUCUUUCCCAACUUUCCAGAGCCAAGCUUUCUCUUACCAAUCAGCUUGACGAUACCAGAAAGCUUGCAGAUGAGGAGAGCAGGGGACAUGCGACACUCCUGGGUAAGUUCCGCAACUUGGAGCAUGAUAUAAACACCCUUCGUGAGCAACUAGAGGAGGAGAGCGAAGCGAAGGCAGAUGUACAGCGAAUGUUUUCCAAGGCUAAUGCAGAGGCUCUCAUGUGGCGCUCCAAGUACGAGUCCGAGGGUGUUGCCCGUGUAGAGGAAAUUGAUGCUUCUCGCAUGAAGCUUGCUGCUCGUCUCGAGGAAGCUGAAAUGCAGAUUGAGUCUUUGAAUGUCAAGAAUCUGCAUCUAGAAAAGACCAAAAUGCGUGCUACUGCCGAACUAGAAGAAUUGCAAGUCAGCGCUGACCGUACACAAACAAUGGCUGAAGCUGCUGAAAAGAAACAGAAGAACUUUGACAAGAUUAUCUGCGAAUGGAAGAUGAAGGUCGAUGAUCUUUCUGUUGAACUUGAUGCUUCUCAGAAGGAAUGUCGCAAUUACUCGACCGAAAAUUUCCGCCUCAAUACAGUAAAUGAGGAGACAGUGGAGCAGCUCGACUGCAUCCGUCGGGAGAACAAGAACCUUAAUGACGAGAUCAAGGACCUGAUUGAUCAGAUCGGCGAGGGAGGUCGAGCACACCACGAAAUUCAUAAGAAUGCCAAGCGCCUUGAGCUUGAGAAGGAGGAACUGCAAACCGCUCUCGAGGAGGCCGAGGCAGCGCUUGAACAGGAAGAGAACAAGGUCCUUCGAACACAGCUCGAGCUCAGCCAGGUCAGGCAGGAGGUUGACCGACGCGUUCAAGAAAAGGAAGAAGAAUUCGAUAAUACUCGCAAGUGUCACCAGAGGGCUGUCGAUUCUUUGCAAGCUUCUCUCGAGGUUGAAGCCAAAAAUAAGGUUGAAGCUCUUCGCUUGAAGAAGAAGCUCGAAUCCGAUAUCAACGAACUUGAGAUUGCCCUGGACCAUGCCAAUAAGGGCAAUGCUGAUCUCCAUAGGCAUUUUAAGAAGAUUCAGGAUGAGACCAAAAGCAUGGAGACCCGUGCAAAGGAAGAGCAACGUCUUGCCUCCGAGUACCGAGAACAGUAUGGCAUUGCUGAGCGCCGCUUCAACGCCCUGCACGGAGAGCUGGAAGAAUCACGAACGCUCCUGGAACAAGCAGACCGCGGUCGUCGCCAGGCCGAGACUGAGCUCAACGAUGUGCGUGAACAAGUUGACACCCUCACCGCCCAGAAUUCAGCUCUUUCUGCCUCCAAAAGGAAGCUUGAAGGGGAAAUACAAACUCGACAGGCUGAUCUUGAAGAAAUGAUUAGUGAGGCAAAGAACUCUGAGGAGAAGGCGAAGAAGGCCAUGGUUGAUGCUGCCCGGCUAGCCGACGAGCUUCGCGCUGAGCAAGAACACGCUCAGACUCAGGACAAAAUGCGGAAGGCCUUGGAGGGCACCGUGAAGGACCUCCAGACCCGUCUUGAGGAGACUGAAACUACUGUUAUGAGGACAGGUAAAAAGGCUGUCAGCGAUCUCGAAGUUCGCAUUCAUGGUCUCGAAAAUUCCCUAGAUAACGAGACUCGUCGCCAUGCAGACUCUCAGAAGAACCUGAGGAAGUGCGAGAGGCGCAUCAAGGAGCUCGCCUUCCAGGCUGACGAGGAUAAGAAGAAUCAUGAGAGGAUGCAGGACCUCGUCGAUAAGCUCCAGCAGAAGAUCAAGACCUACAAGCGCCAGAUCGAGGAGGCUGAGGAGAUCGCCGCCCUCAACCUGGCUAAGUUCCGUAAGGCUCAGCAGGAACUCGAGGAAGCUGAAGAUUCAUAUUAA